AUGGACUCACAGAAGUAUAUAGAGUUAAAGAAAAAAGCCAAGUGCAGAUUUCCAAUUGCACGGAUUAAAAAGAUAAUGCAAAUUGAUGAGGAAAUAGGGAAAGUAAGCACAUUUGCACCGAUCGUAAUUAGUCAUGCGAUAGAAUUAUUCUUAAUAAGCCUACUGAAGCAAAUGGAGGAGGAGGCCAAGCAGAAGGCAGUCAAAAAAAUAGUUUUAUCGCAUUUAGAGGUGUGUGUAGAGAAUGAUCCCAAGCUAGAGUUCAUGAAGGUAUUACUUACUAAGAAAUAAAGAGAGGAUGAUCAUAACCCGA